AGUCUUUUCCGGCUGUAGCGGAACUCCGGGCUUUCUUUCCCUGUGCCGUCAGCGGACUACAACGUGUCCCGACAAAAUGGCACUUUAUAAUUUCAAGAAGAUUAUGGUGGUUCCCACCGCCAAGGAUUUCAUCGAUGUCACUUUAUCCAAAACCCAAAGGAAGACGCCCACGGUGGUACACAAACAUUACCAGAUUCACCGUAUCCGACACUUUUACAUGCGAAAGGUGAAGUUCACCCAGCAGAACUACCAUGACCGCCUCACGCAGAUCCUCGCCGACUUCCCCAAGCUCGACGACAUCCACCCUUUCUAUGCUGAUCUAAUGAACGUCUUGUAUGACAAAGAUCAUUACAAGUUGGCCUUAGGACAGUUAAACAUUGCCAAGAAUCUGAUUGACAAUGUUGCCAAAGACUACGUGCGCCUGAUGAAGUAUGGAGACUCUCUGUAUCGGUGUAAGCAGCUGAAGCGAGCUGCUCUCGGGCGUAUGUGCACCAUCCUGAAACGGCAGAAAUCCAGCCUGGAGUACCUGGAGCAAGUGCGUCAGCAUCUGUCCCGUUUGCCAAGCAUCGACCCAAACACGAGGACCCUGCUUCUGUGCGGUUACCCCAACGUGGGCAAGUCCAGUUUCAUCAACAAGGUGACCAGAGCUGAUGUUGACGUCCAGCCGUACGCUUUUACCACCAAGUCUCUGUUUGUGGGUCACAUGGACUACAGAUACCUCCGCUGGCAGGUGGUGGACACCCCCGGGAUCCUUGACCACCCUCUGGAGGAGAGGAACACCAUCGAGAUGCAAGCCAUCACGGCUCUGGCUCACCUCAGGGCGGCGGUUCUUUACGUCAUGGAUGUUUCUGAGCAGUGCGGCCACACCCUGCAGGAGCAGCUGGAGCUCUUCAACAGCAUCCGACCCCUGUUCGCCAACAAGCCUCUCAUCAUUGUGGCAAACAAAUGUGACGUGAAGAAGAUCAGCGAGCUGUCUGAGGAGAACCAGAAAAUCUUUGCAGACCUGUCUGCAGAGGGAAUCCCCGUCAUCGAGACCAGCACCCUGACAGAGGAGGGCGUCAUGCAGGUUAAAACCGAGGCGUGCGACCAGCUCCUCGCUCAUCGCGUCAACACCAAGAUGAAGGGCAAGAAGGUCCACGAUGUUCUCAACCGGCUGCACCUGGCCAUGCCCGCCAAGAGGGAUGAGAAGGAGAGGCCUCCGUUCAUCCCAGAGGGAGCCAUGAUGCGCAGGAAAGCGAUGGAGGUGGACGCACCCAAACGCAAACUGGAGAGAGAUCUGGAGUUGGAGCUGGGUGAUGACUACAUUCUGGACCUUCAGAAAUACUGGGAUCUAAUGAACGAGGAUGAGAAGCGUGAUAAGAUUCCUGAAGUGUGGGAGGGCCACAACAUCGCAGAUUUCAUUGAUCCCGGCAUCAUGAAGAAACUGGAGGAGCUGGAGAAGGAGGAGGAGCUGAAGGAGCGAGCCGGGGAGUACGAUUCUGACGAAGAGAGCGAGGACGAGGAGAUGCAAGAGAUCCGCAUUCUUGCCAAACAGAUCCGCGAAAAGAAGCAACUCAAGGUCCUGGAGUCGAAAGAAAAGGAUGUGCAUGGACCUCGCAUGCCCAGGACCGCCACCAAGGUUGAAAGGAAGCGGCUCGAGAAGGAGAUGGGUAACCUCGGUCUGGACAUGGACGACAAGGACGAUAGUCACUACGCGCAGCAGGCCAGACGCUCCCGCAGCGUCGCUAAGAAGCGUAAGCGUGAAGCUUCGGCCCCUCCGACGUCCCGAACCCGCAGCCAGAGCGCCUCCCGUCCACCCCGAGACCAGUCUGGUUUACGAGAUGCAAAGAUGGCGAAGAAGACGAAGAAGAUGAUGAAGAAAUCCCAGAAAGACAUGAACCGCCAGGGCAAGAAGGGAGAGGCAGACAGACACGUGUUUGACCUCAAACCCAAACACCUCCUGGCUGGGAAGAGGAAGUCGGGCACCACAGAUCGCAGAUAAAACUGCUUUUCCUGGACUGUUGACACCUGGACACUCUGCUGGCACCAUUGCCGGGGAACCAUUUACAUGAUUAGUGAUUAUAUUAAUACCAAUUUUCAGCUCAAGCAUUUGCUCAUGGAAGUGAAUCUCAGCUGUAACGAAAACAUAACUGUAUUGAAUGGCAGAGACUUUGUAGUGGUUAAUGUCUUACUGUGUUACUGCAGUAGUUCAUGUGUGAAGCUGAUUUGUAUUCAGUAUCAGUAAAGUGAAACCUUUUGCCUUACAGCUCGCAUGUGGCUCUACUUUGGAUAAAGUGAUGAUGAUGCUUCCUUUAGAGUCUCUUCUUGAGAAAUAUUAACACGGGAGCCAAAUAAACACAUCGGAACUAAAAUA